AUGACAACCAAUAUUUAAGUCAUUUGUCGUUUCAGACCAUCCAUUCCUGGGUAACUUGAAAGCUAGAUUUAUUUCGCUGACGACAAGAGUGUUCUGAUUGAAAAUCAAUAAUUCAACUUCGAUCAUAUCUUUCACCCUGGAAAAUAACUUGAAGUAUUUAAGGUUGCUGCAGAACCCGUAAUCAAGGGUGUGUUGGAGGGAUUCAACGGCACUGUAGUGGCUUAUGGGUAAACGGGAUCUGGGAAGACACACACAAUGGAAGGCUCAAUUGGUGAGGAACAGGGAAUCAUCAAAAGAAUGGUUAAUACAGUGUUUGAUUUUAUUGAGGCAAGUCCUGACUAUAUUGAGUACCGAAUCAAAAUUUCAGUUGCUGAAUUGUAUAUGGAAAAAGUGAGAGAUUUGUAGAACAUCAAGAAGAGUGAUUUAAAAAUAAGGGAGGACAAGAAUCAUUCUACAUAUAUCGAUGGAGUAACUGAGACCUCCAUUGCUGAUUAAUCUGAAAUCUACGAAAUUCUGAAGAUGUGCAAUUCCAACAGGAUGAUUGCCAGUACUAAUAUGAACGAAUAAUCUUCUCGUUCCCAUAUGAUAUUUUUAAUGUCAGUUUAAUCAAUUGAUUAAAGAGAUCAGUCGGCAAAAGUUGGUAAACUAUUUUUGGUUGAUUUGGCGGGAAGUGAGAAGGUAUCUAAAACAGGAGCUGAAGGCAAAAUCUUAGAUGAAGCCAAAGGCAUCAAUAAAUCAUUAUCUGCCUUGGGUCAAGUGAUCAACGCAUUGACCGACGGCAGUCAACAUGUACCUUAUAGAGAUUCUAAAUUAACCAGGAUUCUGCAAUGUUCUUUUGGUGGCAACAGCAGAACCACACUCAUUAUCACUUGUUCUCCUGCUCAAUUCAAUUUAUAGGAGACUCUGUCUACUUUGAGAUUUGGGGUUCGUGCUAAAGCCAUUAAGAACAAACCGAAAAUCAAUAAGGAACACACCAUCGAAGAGCUCAAGAUUAUUGUUCAGGAGAAAGAGAAGGAGAUCUUGUUAUUGCAGGAACAAUUGUCGUAAUAUAAGAAGGGGAUGUUCAUUAGCGAUGAAGACAAGGAGAUGAUUAAGGAGAUCUAAGAAGAUAUUCUCCUUGAAUAACCAAAUAAUAGUGAACAAUUAUUCAAUAUGCAAUAAAUAAUUACUAAAUAUGAAUAAGAAAUCGAAAUUUAUAAGUAGUAGGAGUUCACAUUCGAACAAAGAGAAUUGGAAUUCCUGAAUAAGAUUAGAUUAAAGGAGGACGAAAUGCAAGAAAAGAUGCAAGAUUUUGAAACUCAGUUUGCUAAACAGGAAAGUGAAUUUAAAAUAAAAUAAACUCAUUUGUACAGACUCUUAUCUUAAAAAUUGGGAUGGAUGGGAGAUGACUCUUAUAUAGAUGACGAACAAAUAUUAGUUUUAAUUGAGAAUUAUGCCAAAGAGAAGGUCACUUCUAAAUUAAAAUAAAUCACCUAUUUGUAUAAGAAGCAUCAUAAGGACAUCUUGAAUGAAUAGAUAAUGACAUACUUGACAGAGGACAAGAAGGAAUUCAACAUUCACAAUGAUCAAUUGGCUGAAUUACAUAGACAAGUGGCUUAAUUGAAAAAGUAGAAUCUAGAAUUGCAAACAGAUUCUAGCACUUAGUCAUAGUUGUUGGAAACAUUAGAAAGCACUAAGUAAUUAUUGGAUGCCGAAAAGGCUAGAUGCUAAAAGUUAGAAUAUACUUUAAAUAAAAAUAAUAAAAUUUACAAUGAAAAAUGCAAGGAGUUGAAUAAUAACAUUGAAAAAAUGCUAUCAGGAGUGCAUUAGGUGAUUAAUGAGAAAUAGAAAUAUUAUAGGGAAUGUCAAAAAUUGAAAAAGAUUUGUGAUGAAAAGAAUCUAAAAAUGCAGAAAUUAUUGGAAGAAAUUCAUAGACUUAGUGUAGAAAAUCAAAAGCUAUUCGUUAAAUAUGAUUAAUUAAAGGAAUUGUAAAAAUUGGAGAAGAGUGCAUAUCUUGACACUUCAGAAGUGAACUCAUCUUUUCGAUAAAAUAAGAAAAUUCACAAAUGUCUAAAAGGAGGCACAAAAAAUUAGAUUACAGAAUAAGUUAUAAAUAAGGAAAACAUAUCUGAUGAAGAAUCAUGA